CGCACAGUUCAGUUUACGACGAGAAUUAAGAGGCUUAAGACGUGUGACCAGUUCAACGGCUCGCCCAAGCAUAAAUAUUUACGCUUACGUUACGACGUUCCAUUUACGAUCUUUACGUUUUUCCUCAUCACAUUUUUUUUUUGUAUUAUCAUUUAAUUUUUUUUGAAAAACCGCCAAAAGAAGUGAAAUAUAUAACAACAACAAUUACAAAAAAAAGAUACACAAUUAUAACUGCAAAUACACAGGCGUAGAAAAAAAAAUAAAAACAACAAAAAGUUCAGAAAAAAGUAAAUACCCAGUGAAAGUCAAAAGACAAGAUAAAAAUAUCAAAAGAAGAAAAAAAAACACACACAGCUCUAGCAGAAGAAGCGCAAAUACAGAAAUCAGUCAUCAACCACAAUAAAAAAACAGCAACAACAACAAUAAAAAAUUAACAAGAAAAAAAGUUAUAAAAAUCCACCAUGGAAAGAAUAAUACGCUCAUUAAAUUACGAUCUGCAAUUCGAUAAAGACGCCCAGCAUAUCUUGGAAAAUAGUCACACGGAUCCCAGUACCACGCAUGCCAUCACUUUGACCUCGACACCCACCGUUGCCAGUUUGGAUACAGCCCACCAACCCAUUGUUGCCUCCCAGCACAUUACCACCACCAGUGAUUUCCUCUCCAAAUUGGGUGCCUCCAUCAUCAAUUCCAUACAACUGCAGACGGCUCCCCUCAAUCUACCCUCGGAAUCCUCCUCGCCCAUUAUCCAUCCGGAAAACAUGGAUUUCUCCAAUCUCACACCCCAUCACGUCUUCAUCGAUUCCGGCAACUAUGACACAGCCAUGGAUGAGCUGCAAAAGCAGGUGGAAUACGAUCAGUUUAUGAAUGAGGUCUGGAUUGGCAUUGUCUUGAUUUUGAUCUUGAUUUCAAUGGUGUUCUGCUUCUGUUCCUGUUUCCUCUAUCAUCAGUUUCGUGUUUGGAAAAGAAAUUAUCGCCACACAAUGACCCAAAGUGAUGAUGAGGAUAAUAUUAAAAUCAAUUUGGAUAUGGAAGAUCCUGUUCCCGAAUACACUCUGGUUUCCGGUCUACCCUCGUAUGAGGCAGCAUUGGAGCUGCUGCACAAGAAUCCCCAAUCCUGUCUCAUAGUUCAUCCCAGUGUUUUUGAGAUUUUCAAUGGCAAUGAAAAGUCACAAAACAUGGAGCAAACAAGUGUUUCCUCAGCACCUGGAACCCCCAGCAGCGAGGCCAUGGCCUUGGCGGAAAGUUCCACACCUUUAUUGGUGGAAAAUUCCAACAAAACACCCACCGCUUUUGUCCUGGCGCCAUUGGUAUCAUCGGCGGCCAAUGUUGUCACAGCUCCCCCCUCGCCACCACAUUACAGUUUGACUAGCAUAAAUUUGGUAAAUGAAAAACCUUCAGCUCUGAAAACACAGUCUUCAAUGGAAAAGUCCUCUGCCUCGGCGAAAUCCAGUGAUAAAUCUGAAAAGUCAUAAAUCGAAGAUGAGAGUUGCAAGACUUGGAUUCUGUCAUAAAAUCUAAUUCCCAUAAGACUGUGAUAAUAGGAAAUAAUUUAAAUCAUUAUUUUACCAAAGGCAAUGGACCAAAAGAUUAUUGAGGAAGGAAAUAUCAUGUUUUCCUUAAAGGAUUACCACUUCGGGGACAAAAGGAAGAGCCCAGAUCCAGGAUUAGAAACAUAAAGAAUUUGAAGAAAAAAAUUAAAUUGGCAAGUCUAGGUGAGAAGGUAUCACCACCUUUGGAACAAAAUAAAAAGGAAUUUAGGGAACUGAUUUCGAGGCAAAUUUCGGAAACACCCACACAUUUGUAAAUCCCAUGAAAAUCUGUCAUGGAACUUGUAAUCAAAAAUCAUUCCCCCAAAUUUUUAAUAUGCUCCAAUCAAGUACUCCCCCUUAUCAGUCACUUUUUAGUCCAUUGCACAAACAAAAACCCCAAAAUAUUUUUAUAGAAUUAUUUUUGUAUAGUCCUAAACUGUGAUUAAUCCAUGGUCAACCACAUGCCCAUGUGUGCGUGUGCACAUGUCUGUGUCUUGACAUAUUUUUUUCUACUUAAAUUAUUUAUUUACACAAAAAACCACAACCAAUUUAGACUGUAUACAACUUAUUUUUAUCGCUAUGUAUAAAUAAAUGUGUGUUAACUAAUUCUAAGUUAUUUAUAAAAAAAACAUUAUUUCAAAAAAAU